AUGGCGAUACAGAAACUGCCACAGAUUGCUAAUAUGCAACUACUAGAACAGCAAAAAGAGAAUAUUCAACCAUUGAGUGGAGGAAGAUCUGCUACCAAAUUAACAAAAACAUUGUCAUCAAGACCCAACUCAGCUUCAGCAAUAAAUUAUCAAGAUCAUAGAACAAAAUUAGAAAAAGAACGAGAAGAGUUGGAACAAAAGCUCUUAGAUUCCGAUGAGUUGGAUGACCCGUUACAAGUUUAUAUUGAAUAUAUCAAUUGGGUUCAUUAUAAUUUUCCUCAGGGUGCCAAUGCAGAUAGUGGCUUGGUGAUAUUAUUGGAAAAAUGUACUUCGAAAUUCAGAGACGUGCUGCAUUACAAGAAUGAUCCGAGAUACUUGAAAAUAUGGCUAGAGUAUACCAAUUACUCAGACUCGCCUAGGGACAUAUAUGUGUAUUUGGCCAAAAAAGAGAUUGGAAAUCAAUUGGCAUUAUAUUACGAAGAAUUUGCCAGAUAUUUGGAAGCGCAGAAGAAAUAUACUGAUGCUAGUCAGAUUUAUGAAUUAGGAAUACAGUCAAACGCAUUUCCUUUAAAGCGUUUACAAAGGUCAUAUGAGAAUUUUAAGGAUAGGCUUCAAUUGGAACUAAACUCGGUUUCAACAACAUCAGAACUAGUAAGAGAAGCUUUGAAAGUGAAAAGGGGGUCGAGUGUGUAUCCAAGCACACAUGUUGAGCAAGGUCCUGUCCCCAAAAAACCCAAACUAGAGGUUUUUAAGGAUGAUGACGAUCAAAAUCAAAGUGUGCUACAUUUGAUUUUUGGAACAGGUUUGAAUGACGACAUAAAAUUAAACUCGACAAAGCAAAGAAUUAAAGAGAAUACUAUAACGGCAACAUCUUGGAAAGGUCAAGUUUUAAAGCAAAAAGUUCCCACCCCUCCAAAUUCUUCAGGUGGGAAAAUACAAGUGUUUCGUGAUUUUGAGUCCCUUGCUUUCCAGGCCAAAAAGCUGGUUUGUUACGAUGAUAAGGGCAGGGCCUAUACCUUGAUUGAAAAUCUGGGCAAGAAACCAGAGCGAGUACUUGUAAAUAUGGAUUUAGUAUAUCCCGACGAAUCGCAAGAGUUUGGUAUGAUAGAAUUACUUGCAAUCUCUCGAAGGUCUGAAAGGCGAAAACAGCCAAAUCCACCACAUCAGCAUCAUACUGUGGUGGAUGAAGAUACUAGAACAAUUACAUUAGCAUUGAACAACUCCAGUACCAUUAAGUCACGUGACGUGGACCCAACAAUUACAAUGAAUGGUAAUAUAGCACAUAAUGAAUUGCAAGGAAUCUACAACGAGUUGGGAUAUGAUUACAAUUUUGAUGAUGAGGAGGAGAAAUUACAAGAACCAACAGUUACAAAUUAUGAAGGUUAUGUUACAGAAACUAUCAACACACAUGCAGCUAAUGCCAAUUUAAUUCCAACACAAGUCGAUUCACCCCAAGUGGAUCAAGUGGCAACACCCCCUACUGACAGAGAAGAAGACUUUGAUGAUCGUGUGCUAAGCUCGCCAUUUGUGGAGCAACCAAUGGCCAGUACCCAAUCAGUUGAUCCAUUUGAUACUAGCUUACAAGAAAGUUUUUUGGAUAAUUUAUCGAUCCCCAUGAGUACAUAUUCGGGUUAUUAUGAUAAAUCAACUACAAAAGUUGACCGUAUCAGAAAAUUUAGAGAAAUCACUAACAAAAAUCAGACAAUCAACAGAGGAUCACUGCUGGCCAUAAUUGACUAUUGUGGUCAGGAGUUGUAUUGUUUACUACAUGAAUUAGGACAAGGUGGUUAUGGGUUUGUCUAUUUGAUAGAAGCUGGAUCAAAUGGUAAACUAAAAGCAUUGAAAAUUGAAACCCCAUCUAGCAGGUGGGAAUUCUAUAUUUUGCAUCAAAUUCAUCGUCGGUUACUUGGCGAAGCCGGUUAUAAACAAAGAUAUUUUAUUCGGGCCGAAGCAUUAUAUUAUUUCCAAGAUGAGAGUUUUUUAAUAUUGGAUUAUUGUAGCCAAAGUACGUUAUUGGAUGUUGUUAACAACUACAAGAAUAAAGGAUCGUCCUUAGAAGAAUGUCUUGUUAUUUUUUUCACUGUCGAGUUAUUGAAAGCUUUAGAAGCGUUGCAUUCUGUUGGUAUCUUACAUGGAGACUUGAAAGCUGAUAAUUGUAUGGUUCGAUUUGAGCCAAUAAACGAAACUGAAUGGAGUGAAAGAUAUGACAGAAGUGGGAAAUUUGGUUGGUCACAUAAAAGUAUCACCUUGAUUGAUUUUGGCAGAGCUGUGGAUAUGACAUUAUUUUCACCGGGUACAAGGUUUGUUAGUAGUUUUAAAGCUGAUGAACAAGACUGUCCACAAAUGAAUAAUGGGACCCCGUGGUCCUAUGAAGCAGAUUAUUAUGGUUUGGCGACUAUUAUUCAUACAUUACUAUUUGGAAGUUAUAUUAAGAUCAAAAAAGACAGUGAUAGAAUCAAACUAAAUGCAAACUUUAAAAGAUAUUGGCAGCAUGAGUUAUGGCAAGAUUUGUUUGAAUUGUUAUUAAACCCAUAUUCUUCUACCGAAGUCACCCAUGCACCUCGAACAGAAUCAUUAACAACUAUCAGAGAACACUUUGAAGAAUGGUUGGAAAAUAACUCAAAAAUGAAGUAUUUAAAGGGGCUCAUAAAGAUGGUAGAGGGAGAAUUAAAUUCCAUAAAUAGAGCACGUGUGAAUUAA